AUGGCUUAUGCCACAACGUCCUCUGUGUUCUGGUUGAAUCUGUCUGAUUCCACCAACCCCAUUUUACACCCUACAGGACUGACGUACUCCAGUUUCAAGAUGACUGAAGAGGGCACCAGCAUGCCAAAGCAAAAAAAGAUCAGUAGGCUUAUCUCUUAUCUCCAAACCAUCUCGCGGGGUGAAUACAGGAAGCCACUGGAAAUGUUCCUCAACCUGGUGGACAAACACUGGACAGGAGAGAGAUUGCUGCAUCAUAACAACUUCCUGUGUGAUGCAGAUCCUCUGUUUGAUGAAAAUUGUAUUUCCACACAAAAGGCUUAGACGAAAUCCUUAAGAAGGAACACCGUUGUACGAGAGGAAGAGCGUAAAACACAAAUGUGUAAUCUCACCUCCCAGCUGGAAGAAGCUCACGGUGAAGUGAAACUAAAUGAGCAGCCGAGGAUAGUUUUGAUGGAAAAGGCUGCUCGGCAGAAACGGCUCAUCAAAGUACGACGGUAUCUCAAAUCAGUGUUGAGAAGUUCACCUCACAUUCAGAUUAAUAAAUGUGAGUGA